CCUAGGAGUCCAGGUCGGGCUCCGGACCGUGUCCGGUCGGCAAUUCUCCAACGCGUAUAUAAUUCUGCAAUACCAAAGCAACAACAGCCCGAUGGGUUGAUUCUACCUAGGAAUUUUUCAAAAGAAUUUGCAUGUUUUCCCCAUUAUGCUCUCACUUGCGCCGGCCAAGCCAAGGCCAUGGGCGAAAUGGCUAAAGGCGUCACUGAGCGCUUGCGCAACCCCCAAUCUUUCUACAAGCACAGCCAGUACCCGUUCCCGUGAUGGCCGGCCAUUCCGGCUAGCUAUUAUUGGCUCCGGCCCGGCCGGAUUCUAUACGGCAUACCGAGCCAUGACCAAAAUCCAGGGCGCCAAGGUCGACAUGUACGAGGCACUGCCCGUCCCUUUUGGUCUGGUUCGCUUCGGUGUUGCGCCCGACCACCCGGAAGUGAAGAACUGCCAGGAGAAAUUCGAGGAAGUAGCCUCCUUGCCCAACUUCACCUUCAUCGGCAACGUUUCCGUCGGCACGCUCAGCGACCACCCGGACGGCGCCACCAUCCCGCUGGCCAGCAUCCUGCGCAACUACAACGCCGUCGUUUUCUCGUACGGCGCUUCCAAGGACCGCACGCUAAACAUCCCCGGCGAGUCCACCCUCAAGGGCAUCUACUCGGCCCGCGAGUUUGUGGGGUGGUACAACGGCCUGCCCGAGCACGCCGACCUCAACCCUGACCUGACCCAGGGCGACGAGGCCGUCAUCAUCGGCCAGGGCAAUGUCGCGCUCGACGUGGCCCGCAUGCUGCUCGAGGACGUUGACGUGCUGCGCAAAUCCGACAUUGCCGAGCACGCCAUUGAGACUUUGUCCAAGAGCAAAAUCAGGCGCGUCCACAUUGUCGGCCGCCGCGGACCCAUGCAGGCCGCUUUUACUAUUAAAGAGAUCCGCGAGCUCAUGCGCCUGCCCAAAGUGGCGUUCCACCCCAUCGACCGCUCUCUUGUGCCUGCCGACCCGGCCUCGCUGCCCCGCGCCCCGAGGCGGUUGAUGGACAUCCUCCUUAAGGGCUCGCCUACACCCGUCGCCUCACCAUCAUCACCCUCAACUACUGAACAACAAAAAUCCUGGUCCCUCGACUUCCUCCUCGCCCCCAAAUCCUUCUCCGCUCACCCCUCCAACUCCACCCAACUCUCCCACACCAUCUUCUCCCGAACAACCCUCUCCCCCUCCCCGCUCGACCCGCAAGCCUACCCCCUCCUCACCUCCCCCGAACAAACCGUCCCAAUCCCUUCCUCCGCGGCAUUCCGCUCCAUCGGGUACAAAUCCGAGCCCCUGCCCGAAUUCGCUCCCCUCGGCAUCCCCUUCAACGAGCGGUGGGGCGUCAUCAGCAACGAUGGUCCUGGGGGCAGGGUAUUCCACGAACAGCGCACGACAGACCGCGUUAUGGAGUUUGCCACGUUCCCGGGACUGUACUGCGCGGGCUGGGUCAAGAGGGGUCCGAACGGUGUCAUUGCGAGUACGAUGGAGGAUGCAUUCGCUACUGCGGAUGCCAUCGCGGGGGAUUGGCUUGGGGGUGGGGGGAGGUUUCUUAAUGAUGAUCAUGGGGAUGGGGAGGUGAAAGGGUGGGAGGGGGUGAAGCAGGAGGUUGGAGGGGAGGAGGUGCUUAAGGGGAGGGUGGUGGAUUGGGACGGGUGGAGGAGGAUUGAUCUGGCUGAGAGGGAACGGGGGAGGAAGGUGGGGAAAGAAAGGGAGAAGUUUACGAGGAUUAGGGAUAUGCUCGCCGUGCUGGGGUGA